AUUCGAUAUUCGCAAAGUUGAUUUCUUCUCGGUUGAGAAGUGAAGGUUAGGUUAGGUAAGGUUCGUCAGGAAACAGGACAAAUGUUUCCUGACGCGGGUCUUAGUCAGAUGAUGACCCGCCUUUGGAGCUUUUGGUCAUCUGACCGAGGCCUUCCGCUGGCUUACCGGUCCACCCGUUUAAAAAUUAUGGUCAUUUAUAACCAUUGUUUAUUUUAGUUGAGAAGUGAAGGCUGAAAUGACAAUAAAUAAAGUGAGGAUCACUGUGGGCAUGUGGACCUUGAGUGACGUCAGAACCAUGGGGAUCCCAAGAUAAUUUCUUCAAUGAUGCUCGUAUAAGCUCACAGUCUCUCUCCUACAGCCCACGAGACCGGAGUUAACUGUUGAGGUGACGAGUCAAGGAGUGAAGAUGGCCCCAAGGUGUUGCAUGAUAGUGGUGGUGAUGGGGGUGAUAAUGGCGGUGACAGCUGUCCCUCACGGCCCGGGACAACACGGACCAGGCUUCGGCCGCAAACCUGCGCCAGCUGGAAGUGACUGUCCCCUGGCAUGCCCAGCAAGCUACUUCCCUGUGUGUGGGAGUGACGGCAAGACAUACGGUAAUGAAUGUGGUCUCCAGGCUGCCUCCUGUAGGGACCCCACCAUCACCAAGAUCGGCUCUGGAGAGUGUGAAACCUUGAAUGAGUUCUACAGCUUCAGGAGACUGGAGGGCAUCUAUAGUGAACGUCAGAAUAAUGGGAGGAAAUAUGAAAAAACAAUUACUUACAUACAUGAACACAGCAAACAUCAUCUUGUUAGCAUUCAAUGGUUUGCAGAGUCUGAUUCUUCCGAGUGUACUUUCUACUGUUCAUCUAAGAUAGUUCCAGUUUGUGGGAGUGAUGGUAAAUCUUAUUCCAACUCCUGUCGCCUCCGCCUGGCAUCGUGCAAGGAUCCAUCCAUUAGUCAGGCCCAUGAUGGUGUCUGUGUUAACGGUGAGUGAGAGCUGUGCUAGAAACCACCACACGAGCGAGUUCUCUGUAUAAACGGUAUAUAUAUCUCAGCGUAUAAUAGUAAGUUUCAUGUACAUAGUUCUGAGAAUAAUCGCACUAACAUCCUGACUGAGGAGGCCAUCAUUAUGAAACCACAGCACCAGACCAGGCCUCCCUAUAGCCUGGGUCAUGAAGUCUGCGCUUGCUGCAAGCAGUUCGUGUAAGCACUACGGCUCAUCUGAUAGGGACUUCUCUCAGAAGAGUCAGGUUUAUUAAUGAAGCCAGUUGGGGGAAGGGUGCUAUUCGUAUACCUAAUCUUUAUUACGGAUUAAAGCAUUACUGAUGUUAGUCUACAUGUCAAUUUUGUUUCAGUGAUCCUCGUGUAAUCAAUAGGCGUAAAAUAAACAAAUCCGUUCAUAAUUUUAUUUUGAUUUCCAGCGUAUAAUCAGUAGUGAUUAUGAUCUUAUCCCUUGAUGUACCAGUAUAUACUGAUGAUGAUAGACACUAUAACGAGAUUAAACGGAUAUGUCCUAAGGCAAUUUAUUUGCAAGUGUCUUCCGGUUUCGAUAUUUUCUUUACAAAGCUGAUGCAGUUCUAAUUACUAAAGAAAAUUUAAAAUUAAAUUUAAAGACUUAAGGCAACAGUUCCAAUUCAAACAAAUACGAUAUCUAAACAGGAUUGUAAAUGUAGUGAUGGCUGUUUUGUUCGUCAGGAAAUAGGACAGUUGCCUCAUUACACUGGUUUAAACAUCCGUUGGCCUACCCCAGUUGGGUUUUCAUCAUAUUUAAGAAAAACAUCACAUAUUGUCUUAAGAUAUAUGAAAUUGUGCAAAUAUCCUACACAGGCGGCCAUUAAUGGAUUACUUCUAGAUUCACCCGUCCCCAGGAAGUGAUAUAUAGCUCUGUGCAGUUUUUAUGUUUGCAUUUUUUGCAAUAAAACUAACCUAAUUAAGCCUUGCUAAAAACUUAUGUAAUAUAAUACGGUACUUAAAUUACCUAAUCUAUCUAAGAAGUUGUAUGAUUAACUGCUUUACCUAAUAUUGCAGGGGGAGGGGGGAGCAGUUAUAAGGUGACACAAAUAAACUUUUUAAACAAAUGUUGGAACCCAGUAUCUGAACCCAUUAUAUACCUCUGUAAUCCUGACUUUCACCCUAAGGGUGGGUGUGGGCUGCAUAAUGAGGAUAUCAAUCUAUUAAAAAAUGAUCUAAAGCAAUAAUUGUAAUAGGUUCCGUAUGCUUCUUAAAAGAUGUGU